GAAUCAUGGAGAGCCGGGAAGAAGAGCGAAAGUCGAGUGAUGCCGCGCCCGAGACCGAAGUCGAACUCGAGGCAUUCCGCCAGCAGUGGCGGCAGGAGGUGCUGGCCAGGAACAAGAAAUCCGGAGAAUCAUCAACAAAGACACAGGACGACGCCAGAAACACUAAGUCUCGAUCAGAGGCCGCACGAUCAGUGACAGUCGGCGCCUCAACCGCACGACGGAGAGAAGACUACUCCGAAGCAAUCGAGCCGCGAACAUAUCACGAUCUGCCGGACAAGGAGGAGCAGCUGAAGCUCGGAGUUGACGGCCAGGAUCAUGACAGAAACGUUCAUAAGGAACCCAGCAAUGCUCUGGAGCACUACGAGCGAGCAGUGGAGAAGGAAACGCAGGGCAAUCUCGGCGAGAGUAUGAGACAUUACAGGAAAGCAUUCAAACUCGAUGAUGGUGUGCACGAAGCCUACAAGAAGAAACACUUCCCGCCCUCUUCAUUUGUCAAGACAAAACCGAUCAACAUCAACCCAUCGAAUGUUGCCUCCACUGUGCCUGGUACCGCCCACCACUCACUACAUGGUAGUGCUAGCACGGAUGCCUUGCCUGCAACCUUGAAGCAAUUAGUCGAAGAAUUCUCCACCAUGCGUAUCGAGCCUCCAGAACCACCCACAAGUGCAUCCCCAGCACAGCGAUGUCUGAUCGCCGAGCUGCCCGAAGAAAUCCUCGCUCACAUCUUGUCUGCCGUCGCAACCACCGACGUCGCAUCAUUCGUCCUCCUAGCUCAAGUCUGCAAACGCCUUGCUUAUCUCGUCCUCGCCGAAGAACCAAUCUGGAAAGAAGUCGUCGAAGGCAGAGCGUUCGGCUUUGCCGCGAUGCACUACGACUUCGUCUGCGAGGUGUCCGGACAGCCAAUUGAGCCUCAACACUACUUCCUUCCCGCAUCUCAAGAUGAGGAACACGAUGUAGACAUCUCCAUCCCGACUCCCGAAGAACGUCAGCUCGCCUUCCAUUCCCUGACCUCCUCCCUCCUACAAACGACCUACGCCGCCUCCUACCUCCGCAUGUUCCGCUCCCGGCCACGAGUUCGUUUCAAUGGCUGCUACAUCAGCACAGUGAACUACACCCGAGCCGGAGCAAAUUCGUCCAACACUCUUACCUGGGGCGCACCGGUACAUGUGGUAACCUACUUCCGGUACCUCCGAUUUUUCCGAGACGGCGCCGCAAUCUCCCUGCUCACCACCGCUGAACCAGCCGAUGUCGUACAUCACCUCACCAAGUCCAACCUGGGAGCCCAUACUCAUACCUCUGCACUACCCAGCAGCGUGAUGAAAGAUGCGCUCCGUGGCCGCUGGCGACUUUCUGGUCCCUUGUCCUCGCAAAGCAUGGAAGGCGACGUGUUCGUGGAGACCGAAGGUGUGGUGUCGAAGUACACCUAUGUUUUGCAUUUGGCAUUGGCGCAUGCGGGUAAAGGGGCGAGGAACAACAAGUUGGCUUGGAAGGGGUUUUGGAGUUGGGACAAAGAAAGGGAGGACUUUGGACGAUUUGAGUUGAGAAAUGAUAAGGCGUUUUAUUGGAGUCGGGUGAAGAGUUAUGGGCUGGGAUGGGAGUAG